CGCCGUCCUUUUCCCCCCCACGCCCGUCGACCCUGUGGGCGGAAGCUUCCCGGAGCUCCUCAACGCCUGCGCGAUGGCGACUGCCGCGGAGACCGAGGCCUCUUCGACGGACGCGAGCUGGGAAAGCCGUGGCGGCGGCGGCGGCGGCGGUGGUGGCGGAGACGACGGGAUGAAGCCAGCGUUUCCGGAGCUUGAGUCCUCCCCACAAAAUGGCGGCGGCGACGGCGGCAGCGGCUUCUCCACCACCGCGGAGCUCAGCGGCGGCGCGGGCCCUGAGGAGACCGCGGCAGCCGAAGCCGCCCGGAGCCACAGCCACGAGCUGCCUCAGCACACCUCCGAGGCGGCCGCUCUGCCCAAAGACGCCGAAGAGCCCGAAAGGCCUGUUAGGCGGAGUUUUCAGAUCCCCAGGAAGAGCAGAGAAAAGAAAGCACUUUUCCAGCCAUUAACUCCAGGGUCUCGAGAAUUUGAAGAUGUUUUAAAUAUUCUCCAUUCAUCUUAUCUUGAGCCAUCCUCAGUAACAAACUUUAACUAUAGAAGAGCUUGCUUGAUACAUAAUGAAGUUUUGGAAAAAGAGUUUACAGAAAAGAGAAGAGAACUGAAGUUUGAUGGUCGUUUGGAUAAGGAACUUUCAGAAUCUUAUGCAUUUCUCAUGGUUGAUCGAUACCAGGUUCAAAGCAUAUGUGAAAAAGGAUUGCAUGUGGGCCAAUCCAAAAUAACUAUUCUUGGCAGUCCUUCCAUGGGUAUCUAUCUUUGUAGGUAUGCAGAUCUCUUACAGGCUAAUCCUUUGGAAGCUGGAGCAGUAGGCGAUGUUGUUAUUUUUAAAAUAAUGAAGGGUAAAAUAAAGAGUAUCUAUGAUCCUCUGAGUGUAAAAAGCUUGGAACCGCUGAUAAGUAAAAAUGCUUUGGAUCCUACACCAAAGCAUGAAUGUCAUGUGUCUAAAAAUGCCAGUAGAAUUACAUCCCUUUUGGCUUACAGAGCCUAUGAGCUUACUCAGUAUUAUUUUUACGAGUAUGGCUUUGAUGAGCUAAGACGAAGACCAAGACAUGUUUGUCCAUAUGCAGUUGUGUCUUUUAUUUACAAAGAUGAUAUACAAACUCCAAAGUUUGUGUCUUCACUGAGAUCUAACAGCUUUAAUGCAGAUAGAAACAUAGAUAAGCUUAACUACACCUUGUGGAAAGGACAACUUUUAAAUAAAGGGAAGCUUCUAUGUUAUAUUUCUUUGAGGUCAGCCACUCGUGCCUUUUUGCCUGUCAAGCUUCCUGAGAAGUUAGAUGUUGAAACAGUUAUGAGUAUUGAUUAUUUAAAACAGAAAAUCCCUCCUGCAUUGUUUUAUAAAGACACAUACGUGGGUCCUAAUGAAGUUUUAAAGAAUGGGAUGUAUUGUAGCCUUUAUGAAGUUGUAGAAAAGACAAAAAUUGGAAGUAACAUGGAGUGUUUACUGCAAAAGCUGGAGAAAGAAAAGCUUGUUCUUGUUAAACCUUUAGGAGACCGAGGAUAUCUUUUUCUUCUCUCUCCUUACCAGAUGAUUUCUCCAUAUGAACAUCAGACUGUGAAGUCUCGAAUCCUACAUGCUUUGUUUAUGUUUCAAGAACCUAGAUGCCUAAUUAUCACACAAAAAGGUGUAACGAAUACAGCACCACAGGAGAAGCAUGAGAACAUACCAGACAUAUUAAAAAUAACUCAGUUUUUACAGUAUGCUUUGAUUCAAUGUAGAAAAGAAUUUAAAAAUAUAAAUACUAUAAAUUUUCAUUCUGUUGUUGAAAAGUAUGUAAGUGAAUUUUUUAACCGAGGUUUUGGUUCAGGUAAGCGAGAGUUUUUCAUGUUUUCAUAUGACUCACGAUUAGAUGAUAGAAAAUUCCUGUACUCGGCACCAAGAAAUAAAUCUCAUAUUGAUGAUUGCUUACAUACCUACAUUUUUCAGCCAGAAAUGUAUCAGUUACCUAUUUUUAAACUAAAAGAGUUAUUUGAAGAAAAUCUAAAACGUCAACAGUUUAGUCCACUUUCAGAUUAUGAAGGUCAAGAAGAAGAUCUGAAUAGUUCAAAAAUGAAAUUUGGAAAAUGGAAUAACUCACAGAGUGAAACUACUGAGUCUGCACAACAGAAGUCAUCUCAUUCUUUGGAUUAUGAUAAGGAUAGAGUCAAAGAAUUGAUUAAUUUAAUCCAGUGUAAGAAAAAAAAUGUGGGUGGGGACCCAGAUACAGAAGAUACAAAAAGCAAAAAUGUCUUGAAGAGGAAACUUGAGGAUCUACCUGAAAAUAUGAGGAAGUUUGCCAAAACCAGUAAUUCAUCUGAAAAUUACCACCAAUAUGAAGAAUCUCCGCAGUCCAUUGGCUUACUUGGACAUGACCCUAACUUGAGACUGCAGCAGGAAGAUGCAUGUAACACUGGAGAUACCCACAAAUUUUAUAAUUGGCUAUCAGAAGCACUAGCAAAUGCACGACAGUCAGAUGCAUUCCUUACAGAUACAGUCAACAAGGCCUUAGGAUUGAGUAGCAGUGGUAACUAUGAAGAGCUAAAACAAAAGUCUGAAUAUGAGCUAAACCCUACUUCAGAUAAGAAAGACUGUGAUCAGCCUGCUUGUACAAAAAUUGAAAAUGUGCAUUUUAAGGGUGCUCAGAGCCCAUUGCUAGAAGUUGAAGCAGCUUCUGUAAAGUAUCCUACUCUUUCUACCAAUGAGGAUCCAAGUUCAAUUAAAGUCAAUAAUUUUGAAGAAUGCAGUCUCUGUCCCACAGUUUCCAUUGAGCAUGGACUCCUUAGACAACAUUCUAAGCCAAAUGAUGAUGAAGAGACAGAAAUACAUUGGAAAUUGAUUCCAAUCACAGGAGGGAAUGCAAGAAGCCCAGAAGACCAGCAUGGGAAACAUGGUGAGAAACAAGUAUCAGGAAUGAAAUCACCAGGAGAACAACUGGUGUGUCUACCACCACUGGAGGCCUUUCCUAAUGAUCCCCGGGUAAUAAAUAGAGAAAGAAGCUCUGACUACCACUUUCCACCCUCUCCGCUAACAGACUCUGUAAAGGGCACCACUGAGCAGGACCUGGUAACAGGCCAGGUGGUAACAGUGGAAGAGCAGUGUGUGCCUGCAGCAGAGCCUCCUACAGUGAGCGAAACUACAGAGAAUACAGUGUUAGGAGAGUUCCACCUCUUUUCCAGAAAGAUAGAAGAGAUUUUGAAGCAAAAGAAUGUUUCAUAUGUUAGUACAAUUUCCACACCCAUCUUUUCAGCACAAGAGAAGAUGAAUCGCCUUUCUGAGUUCAUAUAUUCUAAGACUUCUAAAGCUGGUGUACAGGAAUUUGUAGAUGGUUUGCAUGAAAAACUAAAUACUAUUAUUAUUAAAGCAUCAGCGAAGGGUGGGGAUUUGCCACCACUAAGUCCUAACCAUUCUCACACUACAACGACACUGAAUCCCCUGGGGAGGCAUGUCAUAUCAAUUUCCUCAAGUGACUUCAACAGUAGAGACCUUUUUGAGCCACUCUGUUCGGAACCUUUAAAAGCUAACAGCUCUAAUGAACAGUAUUCUUCUUCAAUUGAAGUAGAAAUGAACCAGCCACACCACCGCAAAGAGUUAAUGGUGACUUCUGAUCACACUGUACCUGGUGAUACUGCCCUGGAACCCGCAGAAAAAGAAAUAACAAAAUCACCCAGCGAUAUAACGAUUUCUGCACAACCAGCUCUUUCGAAUUUUAUAAGCCAGUUAGAACCUGAGGUAUUUAAUAGUUUGGUUAAAAUCAUGAAAGAUGUCCAGAAAAAUACUGUGAAAUUUUACAUUCAUGAAGAAGAGGAGAGUGUGCUUUGCAAAGAAAUAAAGGAGUAUCUUACCAAAUUAGGCAAUACAGAAUGUCAUCCAGACCAGUUUUUGGAAAGAAGAUCAAACUUGGAUAAACUAUUGAUUAUUAUUCAAAAUGAAGACAUUGCAGGUUUCAUUCACAAGGUACCUGGCUUGGUGACUUUGAAGAAGCUCCCGUGUGUUAGUUUUGCUGGUGUUGAUAGCCUGGAUGAUGUGAAAAACCAUACAUACAAUGAGUUAUUUGUGUCUGGCGGCUUUAUUGUGUCUGAUGAAUCAAUUCUAAAUCCAGAGGUCAUCACAAUUGAGAGCCUUAAAUUUUUUUUGACAUUCCUUGAAGAACUCAGUACUCCAGAAGGGAAAUGGCAAUGGAAAAUUCACUGUAAAUUUCAGAAGAAACUAAAGGAACUGGGCAGAAUGAACACUAAAGCUCUGAGCCUGCUGACUCUUCUGAAUGUGUAUCAGAAGAAACAUCUGGUUGAGAUUUUGUCUUAUCACAGUUGUGAUUCACAAAGUCGAAAUGCUCCAGAAAUGGACUGCCUCAUCAGGCUCCAGGCUCAGAACAUACAGCAGCGCCACGUAGUCUUUCUAACAGAGAAGAAUAUCAAGAUGGCUUCCUGUUAUACAGAUAAUGGAAUUAUAGUUGCAACUGCUGAAGACUUUAUGCAGAACUUUAAAAGUCUUGUGGGCUAUCACAACUCAAUCACAGAAGAAAAUCUUCCGCUGCUUGGUGCUAAUGAGAAUCUUGAGUCACAGUCAGCUCUUUUAGAAAACGAUGAAAAGGAUGAAGAGGAUAUGUCUCUGGACUCAGGGGAUGAGAUCUCACAUAUAGAAGUAUUCAGCAGUUUUCACUCAGAAAUAUUGGCGAGAGAGACCAAAGGAUCAAGUGGAACAGAUCAAAAAAAGAAUAUUCAAAUUGAAUUGCAGUCAUCUCUUGACGUGCAAAACGGUCUAUUAGAAGAUAAGACUUACCAAAUUGAUUGUGAAGAGAGAGCUCCUAUUGAUAGAGUAUGCGCUGAAGGAGAGAACAGCAAUUCAGCAGAACAAGAUUCGUAUAGCAACUUUCAGGCAAACCAAAAUCAAUUAAAAAUGUCCCAUCAGUGUAGUCAUUUUAAUGUUCUCACUCAUCAGACAUUUCUGGGAACACCAUAUGCCCUUUCAUCAACUCAGUCUCAAGAAAAUGAAAAUUGCUUUUUAUUUGCUUACAAAAACUUGGAUAGAGAGAAAUCGCCACUAAUUUAAGGAUGUGUUCAAAGAGAAAUUACAGUAACUCAAAAAAAGGGGGGGGGUUUCAUGGACUUUUUUCAGUUUCUCAAAAGUGAAUUGAUUUAUAAACAAGUUUCUUGGCCUUUCUGAAAUGUUUUUUUUUCCCCCUCGUAUGUAAAUCAUGAUGGCAUUUGAAGCAUCUGAAAGUUGAAAUAAAUGUACUUUUUGGACAUAUUGUAAUCAAAUUAUCUCAUGUUGGCACCUUUGAGUUUUACAUGUUACCUGUACUUGGGCUUCAAAUUGAAGUCUGUUUUAUAUGUAAAGUUUGAUGUUUAUAAAAUGGUAAAUAGUAAUGACUUUAGAGUCAGAUAACUAAUUUUGCUGAAAUGUCAACUAUUUAUUUUGAUGAAAGCUUUUAUAUAGUGUUUUUACAUAGGUAUAAGCCAGUAGUGUAAAUAUUUAUAAGAUUUUGGCUCAGUACCUCAAGCUAUACCUAACAGUACAGUUGCAUUUCAGGUAGUAAACCUAUGUACAUAAUACCAAGUAGCAUUUUCUCAAUCUUUAGGUUUAGCUAUGGGAAAAUUUACUUCACUAAAAUUUUGGUCAAGUUUUUGAGAUCUUUGACAAAUACUGUUUUAUUUAUCCUUUAGUUAAAUAAACUUUUUAAAAAUGGGGCUUCUGUUUUCAAUGGUAUUAGAUAAUUUGGAACAGAUCUUUGAGGUGGCUGUAAUUAGAACUAGUUAGGUACUUACUUGAGUGCUAUACUAA